AUCCGUGACGCUGCUCUUCACUGCGCCUGCGCAGACGGGAGACAGCUGAUAACUCAUCUAUUAUGCUACUCCGCUAAAUAAAGAAGAAUCCUCCAGAACCAGAACCAGAACCGAGCCGCCGCGGGAACAACCGGAACCGGAGCACCGAGACCCGCAGUUUUGCGAUGGGAGUUUGUCUCGUCGGGGGACACAUCGAGCUGAAGCAUCGACGCCACCAUCAACACCUGAACUGAACACACUAACACACACCUGUGUGCCUCACACACACACACACACACACACCCCCCCCCACACCCCCUCAGGCCACAGAGGGAGUUGUUUUUUCACCUUUAGGUCAGACACACCGCCGUCCCACAGUGCAUUGCUGCGUCACCGCCGUCCACCAUGUCGGACGCCCCCGAGGCUGCGCCCCCCAGCCCCCCCACCGUCACUAACCCGAUCCCCCCUGAGGUCACCAACGCAACCAAGCCUGGCAGGAAGACCAACCAGCUGCAGUACAUGCAGAACGUGGUGGUGAAGACGCUGUGGAAGCACCAGUUCGCCUGGCCCUUCUACCAGCCGGUGGACGCCAUCAAGCUCUGCCUGGCGGACUACCACAAGGUGAUCAAGAACCCGAUGGACAUGGGAACCAUCAAGAAACGUCUGGAGAACAAUUAUUACUGGAGCGCCAGUGAGGCCAUGCAGGACUUCAACACCAUGUUCACCAACUGCUACAUCUACAAUAAGCCCACAGACGACAUCGUCCUCAUGGCUCAGGCUCUGGAGAAGAUCUUCCUGCAGAAAGUCGCUCAGAUGCCUCAAGAAGAAGUCGCUCUGCUGCCUCCAGCUCCCAAAGGAAAGACCAAGAGCAAGCAGCCCGCUACUCCUGCUUCUACAGUGAGUCAGCAGGCGGAGUCUUCGGCCUCCCCUCCCCCCUCUUACCCGUCUCCCUCCCCCUCUCAGACACCUGUCAUCUCGGCCACGCCCACACCUGUCCAGACCACGCCCCCUGUCUCUGCCCCGCAACCCCCGGCAACCAUGAUGCCGUCUGCACAGCCCGUCGUCAAGAAGAAAGGCGUGAAGAGGAAAGCCGACACCACCACUCCCACCACGUCGGCCAUCUCUGCCGGUCGGGCAGACUCUCCGUCUGCUCAGGACACCAAACCGCCCAAACUGGGUCUGUCCCGCCGCGAGGCCGCCGCCCGACCCGCCAAGACUCGCAGGGAGACGGUGGAGGAGUUGGCGGGAGGCGAGGUGGGAGGCGGUGGAGGCGGAGCCGGGAGGAGUAAGGGCGGCAAGCUGGGCGAGCAGAUGAAGCACUGCGACGCCAUCCUGAAGGAGAUGCUCUCUAAGAAACACGCCGCCUACGCCUGGCCCUUCUACAAGCCGGUCGACGCCGAGGCGCUGGAGCUGCACGACUACCAUGACAUCAUCAAACACCCCAUGGACCUCAGCACCGUCCGGAAAAAGAUGGAUAAAGGAGAGUACAGCGAUCCUCAGAGUUUUGCGACUGACGUCAGGUUAAUGUUCUCCAACUGUUACAAGUACAACCCCCCGGACCAUGAGGUGGUGGCCAUGGCCCGCAAGCUGCAGGACGUGUUUGAGAUGCGUUUCGCUAAGAUCCCCGAUGAGGGCCUGGAGGCAUCGGUCCCGUCUACAACACCAUUGGUCAGUAAAAGCACCGCCUCCUCUGACAGCAGCAACAACUCCUCCUCCGACGAAUCGUCCGACUCAGAGGAGGAGCGAGCCACGCGAUUGGCUGAGCUACAGGAGCAGGUUGGUGCUGCCGACCAAUCACAGUUGAAGGCGGUGCACGAGCAGCUGGCCGUCCUGUCCCAGGCUCCAGUCAGCAAGCCAAAGAAGAAGAAAGAGAAGAAAGACAAGGAGAAGAAGAAAGAAAAGGACAAAGACAAAGGGAACAAGGGCAAGAUGGAGGAAGAGAAGAAGCCCAAGGCUGCUGCUCAGCAGCCCAAACCAGCCAAUCAGAAGAAAGCGCCAGCCAGAAAAGCCAACAGCACGGUGACCGCCACCAGGCAACCUAAGAAAGGCAGUAAGGCGUCGGGCGGUGGCUCGGCUAACGGAGAUGAUGGCGAGGAGUCGUCUCUGCCGAUGUCGUAUGACGAGAAGCGCCAGCUGAGUCUGGAUAUAAACCGGCUGCCGGGGGAGAAGCUGGGCCGCGUCGUCCACAUCAUCCAGUCCAGAGAGCCGUCGCUGAGGGACUCCAACCCCGACGAGAUCGAGAUCGACUUCGAAACCCUCAAACCCUCCACACUUCGAGAGCUGGAGCGCUACGUCAAAUCCUGCCUUCAGAAGAAGCAGAGGAAGCUACUGCAGAAGGCAGCUGGAGGCGGGGCGUCGGGAGGCGGGGCUAGUCGUUUGAGUGGCAGCUCCUCUUCCUCCUCUGAUGACAGCUCCUCAACAGGAACCUCCUCUUCCUCCGACACAGACUGAACACACACACACACACACACACACACACACACACACACUGAUCACAUACCCCACACACACGCGCACACACACACACAGAGGUUUAUCCACUCUACACACACACACAACUCUAUACAGUUAACACAGAUACACACUGACACACACACGUCCAUUUAAACUUCCAUUCUGAACAAACACAAUCAAAAGACAGAUACAUACUCUGAACUUCUUACAACACACACAUCUAUAUAUCUAAACCACACACACACACACACACACACACACCUAUAUAAAACACACACACACACACACACGCCCAGACUCGGAGACUGUAUGUAAAUAGGCUGACCUGUUUUUUAGCUCCUAGUGUCGUUUUUUUUUUUUUCUUGUUCCUGGAGGAAUGCUGACGGAUAGAAGAGAAGAAGAAGAAAGCAACACCUCCCAGCGAGAGGAGGAGGAGGAGGAGGAGGGAGACAUGUGGUAGAGAGACAGGCAGCCUGUCUGUCUGCCUGUCUGUCUGUCUGUCUGUCUGGGAGUUGUAUUGAUCUUCUAGGAACACUCGAGCAUCGUUGCCAUGGAGGCUUUCUUCUUCUUCAUCUUCUUCCUUUUCUUCUUCUUCUUGUUGGACGGCCGGCUGUGACCCCUGACCUCUGAAAACAUUCCAGAAGCAUCUCUAGAGCAUCGUGGGAGAGGAGGAGGAGGAGGAGGAGGAGGAGGAGGAGGAGAUGAUCUCAGUGGGUUUCACAUUGAUUGGAAGUUGAGCUUCCUGCAAAGAGUUUUCCUCAAAGUUUGGUCUUCAGGACGGAAAGGUUUGGAGCAUCAUGGGACACACGGGAGCCAAUCACGUUCCUUCGUUAGCGUUCAGACCUGUAACCAGGGCAACCGGUUUAACUGUCAGACUGGAGACGAUCCACUUCUGAUCAAUUAUGUUCAAACAUCAACUCCACAGAUCAACUUUUAGAGACUAGAAACCUGCUGCAGAGAGAAGCUGUUAGAGGGCGAGCGCAGAGGGCGAGCGCAGAGGGAAGCGUGCGUCGACUCGUCUGAGAUGUGAACGGCGUCCUCCUCGAGUAGGAGCGUGAAGACGUGAGUGGUACGGUUGACGGUUGGUGGGUGUAGUUGGGUCAAAAGAAAAUAGUUCCUACAUGAGACUGCUGGUCUGUGGUCUGGAGUUACCGGGUCUACCGGGUUACCGGGAGCACCACAAACCUAACGCCAUCUAGUUCCGUUAUAUCGCAGAGAACCGAUACCGCCGACGCUCUCAACUCACACCGAAACAUCUAAACGGAUAAAUACUACUACAGGUAGGAGGAACAAUAUGUAGUUCAACACCGGUGUUACCGAUUACACCGGACAUUUUACAGGAAAAGAUGAGGCUCAAUACAUGUAGAGAUCUUACUGUGAUCUUUACCGUCGGGUGGCGGUGUGUGUCUGGCCUCUCCCAUCCGGUUCAGUUCAGUUUGUAGCGUCCGACUAUCUGUUGACAACACGGUGCUGAUACGGCAAAAUGAACUAAAUGGGUUUUAUUUCUGUUAAAAAAGCAAAACGACGGUGGGUACGUAAUGUAAUCGGUGUGUGUGCCCGACCACCGGGUAACACCGACCACCGGUAACACCGACCACCGCGGCGGGCCUAACGGGAUGUAAAUCUGGUUCAAACUGCUGCUGCAACGAACAGCCGUGGUCUUAAUCAGCCGGACCUCCGUCUGGGUGUGUCAGUCGGAGCUGAGCUGAGUCCUUCAGGUGUCUGGUUCUGUUGGACCGGCAGUCCAAACCCACCGUUCAGGUCUUUAAUGGUCUCAACACACCGGGAUGAGUCCGAACUAGAACCGGUGACUCUUCUCUCUGCAACGAGUCUCCAGUCUCUUUAGGAGGUUCUUUAAUUAAAGGAAGAAAUCAAUAUAGAAUCUGAUGGAUGAUCAAUAAACUGAUCAGCUGGUUCAGGUUCCAGUAAAACCCCUCUGAGACCAGACGUGUCCAUCAACCUGCCGUCUGUCCCCGGGUCAACAGAGGGGGGGUGACGGGUCGGACCCCCCCCCCCCCUACAGCGCCGCCUCUGUCAGCAGAACGAGACAAACUUCUUCUUUUUUAACACUACAUUUCCUUUAUUCUUCUGUUCUUUUGAUUUUUCAGGUUGUGUGCUGAACUUGUUUGUGUCUUAUAAGGUUCUCUAUAUAAAAUGUCUUUAUACCGCUGUCCUCUUCCUGUCCCCCCCCCCCACACCCCGCCAAAACAAAACCACUCCCACUGGAACACACACUUCCUGUCAGAGCUGGGGAGAGUUUUACGUCUCGAUUCUUUUAAAGUUCGUUAUUUUAGCUGAAUUUCAACGAAAUUAGUCGAAGAAGAAAAAAAAAACAUCUGCUGAAAAAAUAGUUUCCCCCCCAAAAAAAAUAAGUUAAAAACUAUAAAAUAAAUAAAUCGUCUUUUACGAACUCUGUACGAUAAAAAAACAGCUGUUUAUUUUUUCAUCAGUUAUUUUUAUGAUUAUUUACUUUUUUAAAAUGUCCAAAAUAAAGACCAGCUGUCCUGUGAGGAGGCAGAUAUCCGAGUAUUUGUGUUCUCAACAUGAAGUAAAAUAACGUUUUCAGUCUGUAGGUGACGAUUCAUGAAACUGUGUUAUCAAAAUAAACUUUACUGUAAUCCACUUUACUUUGUUUCAUCACAAGUUUCACUUCAAGUUAAAGUUUCCUCUGAUCGGCUGCAGCGGUAAAAUACCACGCUGUGUUAUGGAGCUACGGGUGGAACCGCUGUAGUUCAUGGAGCUAAGGCUGGGACCGCUGUAGUUCAUGGAGCUAAGGGUGGAACCGCUGUAGUUUAUGGAGCUAAGGGUGGGACCGCUGUAGUUCAUGGAGCUAAGGGUGGAACCGCUGUAGUUUAUGGAGCUAAGGGUGGGACCGCUGUAGUUCACGGAGCUACGGGUGGGACCGCUGUAGUUUAUGGAGCUAAGGCUGGGACCGUUGUAGUUUACGGAGCUAAGGGUGGGACCGCUGUAGUUUAUGGAGCUAAGGCUUGGACCGCUGUAGUUCACGGAGCUAAGGGUGGGACCGCUGUAGUUUAUGGAGCUAAGGCUUGGACCGCUGUAGUUUACGGAGCUACGGGUGGGACCGCUGUAGUUUAUGGAGCUAAGGCUUGGACCGCUGUAGUUUACGGAGCUACGGGUGGGACCGCUGUAGUUCAUGGAGCUAAGGCUGGGACUGCUGUAGUUUACGGAGCUAAGGGUGGGACCGCUGUAGUUCAUGGAGCUAAGGGUGGGACCGCUGUAGUUCAUGGAGCUAAGGGUGGGACCGCUGUAGUUCAUGGAGCUACGGGUGGGACCGCUGUAGUUUAUGGAGCUAAGGCUUGGACCGCUGUAGUUUAUGGAGCUAAGGGUGGGACCGCUGUAGUUCAUGGAGCUAAGGGUGGGACCGCUGUAGUUCAUGGAGCUACGGGUGGGACCGCUGUAGUUCAUGGAGCUAAGGCUGGGACCGCUGUAGUUCAUGGAGCUAAGGGUGGGACCGCUGUAGUUUAUGGAGCUACGGGUGGGACCGCUGUAGUUUAUGGAGCUACGGGUGGGACCGCUGUAGUUUAUGGAGCUAAGGGUGGGACCGCUGUAGUUCAUGGAGCUAAGGGUGGGACCGCUGUAGUUUAUGGAGCUACGGGUGGGACCGCUGUAGUUUAUGGAGCUAAGGGUGGGACCGCUGUAGUUCAUGGAGCUAAGGGUGGGACCGCUGUAGUUCAUGGAGCUACGGGUGGGACCGCUGUAGUUCAUGGAGCUAAGGCUGGGACCGCUGUAGUUCAUGGAGCUAAGGGUGGGACCGCUGUAGUUUCUGGAGCUACGGGUGGGACCGCUGUAGUUUAUGGAGCUACGGGUGGGACCGCUGUAGUUUAUGGAGCUAAGGGUGGGACCGCUGUAGUUCAUGGAGCUAAGGGUGGGACCGCUGUAGUUUAUGGAGCUACGGGUGGGACCGCUGUAGUUUAUGGAGCUAAGGGUGGGACCGCUGUAGGAAAGAAAGAAAGAAAUAGUUUAUGGAGCUUAGGCUGGGACCGCUGUAGUUUACGGAGCUAAGGGUGGGACCGCUGUAGUUUAUGGAGCUAAGGCUGGGACAGCUGUAGGAAAGAAAGAAAUGGUUUAUGGAGCUAAGGGUGGGUAAUAAGCGGGAUAAUGUCCAGCUGGCAGGUCAUUGUUGUGAAAUAAACCCCGACAGAGCGAUGCCGCAUCGCUUGAUCUUAAAAACAAUUGAUAGGUGGGCAAUGUAAAGAAUGACAUCAUCAUGAAUUUGCUCCUUUCGGCUGGCGCCGUUAUCAGUCUCUACUCGCCGCCAUCAGCGGUCUGUCUCUACUCGCCGCCAUCAGGGGUCUGUCUCUACUCGCCGCUAUCAGCAGUCCGUCUCUACUUGCCGCCAUCAGCGGUCCGUCUCUACUCGCCGCCAUCAGGGGUCUGUCUCUACUCGCCGCUAUCAGCGGUCUGUCUCUACUCGCCGCCAUCAGGGGUCUGUCUCUACUCGCCGCCAUCAGACGGGCUCUACUGAAAAGUUUCAUGACGUUAAUGUUCAAAUUCUGAAUCUACAUGUUUUCAUGUCUGCUGAUUCUCCUCUGAACGUUUUCCUCUGCAUUCACUCUGCAGCGGCGCUCCGCUCUGAUUGGACGGCCUCGCCAUAACCACGUUGUCGGUUACCAACAGGCUCGCUAGUGAAGAUCAGUAGAAUCAGUGUAUAGAUAUAUAUAUAUAUAUAUAUAUAACAACUGUAUAUGUCUCCUUUAGGCAUUUAGCCAUUUUAAUAGAUUAUCAGUUUUUUUGCAGGUUGAGGAAUAAAGUCGAUCACAGACGGUGAAACUAGCGCUGACGAUGGCGAGCCGACCGCUGCGCUCCGCAGCACCGGGCCGUGUGUGUCCAGCUGCGUCGCUCCCAGCCAAUCAAAGAGCAGACGAAUGAUCACUGAGUUGAUUUUGAACACGGCGUAGUCGGACAGACGGUCGUCUCUAAACGCCGCAUCUCACUGCAGCGCUGCUGAUCAAUCCAUCGAUCGAUCGAUUCGAUCACAGUGAAUCAUGAGACUUCAGCUCGUCCGUCCGUCAAACACCUCUCCUCGUAUUUGACCUUUGACCUCUCCGUACAGAUGAAUGAGGACUUGUUGUCAUGGAUACAGAUACCUGAUGGGUCGACACCUGUCGGGGAGACCGGCUUCCUCCUCUGUGAUUGGUCGAGCCUCUGAAAUCGAGGCUUGUGAUUGGUGGUCGGUGGUUUCUGGGUUCCAGGUAUCGACUGAUGGAUUUAAUUCUGAUUUUAUUGAUUUCCUCUGUUUGUUGGGCUGAUCUUGUUUUCCAGAGCUUUCAACCAGAUUUCAUGGCCUUCAUCUGGACGGAGCCGCUCCGUUGUCAUGGAGACGGUUCACUAGUUUUAAUUAUGGGAUGAACUGAGAAACUAGAAACAGACGGGAGUUUUUAUUUUGGACAUUUUACAGACGAAUCGAUAACUGAUCAAUAAAUAAGGACAGACAGACAGACGCGUCCUCCCGGUGAGAGAGACGGACAGUCAGACAGCCCGUUGCCACGGUAACCCUCCUGGUUGUUUUUAGUUGAUUUUUGUAUUUGAAUAAGAGAAAGGAGGAAGUGAUUUCGUGUCUGCAUGCACUCCGGCCGUGUCUUCUUCUUUCUGUAUAGUAGCUGUAGAGUUUCUGUCCCAGGGUAGACCAGUAGAGACGCAGCGCGGAGAACCCAACAGAACCUACCAGAACCAACGAGUCCGUUCUUUGAUGUAAUUACUGAUAUGGAUCCUUAUUUUCUGAGUUCCUUUGUUUUCAUAAAUAAACUCAUAAACUGAC